CCAACGACGUGGGCUGCAGUGGCCUGCGGGGAAGGAAAGAAAGCGGGGCCCAUCUGGCGGGGCUGGGGGCCGUAGUGACCCCGCGGAGCCGGGCUCCCCACUGCUCUGGGGGGCUCGGUGUUUCCGGAGUAAACAUGCACCCCGAGGUCUCGGAGCCGGUGGCGGACGGGGGAGCGGAGCAGGACUGCGCGCAGAAGCCGGUUGUGGAGCCGGGCGGGGAGCCGGGCGUGGAACCGGGCGCGGAUCUGGGCGCGGAGGAGUCGGCCGGUGACCACGGGAACGCAGGCCAAGGGGACCGCAAGGAAGAAACUAACGAUCCUAAGGAAACAAAUGCGGGUCCUUCUGACACAGCCUACCAAAAUGAGCAGAAUCAGAGUGGAGACAGCAGGUCAGACGGCUGCUUAGCAAACCAAAGAGAUGACAAGGAAGAUCGCGGCCCCAGAAUGACUAAAAGUUUCCUGCAAAAACUCUGCAAGCAACACAAGCUGUACGUUACCCCAGCACUGAAUGACACGUUGUAUUUACACUUUAAAGGUUUCGAUCGCAUCGAGAACUUGGAAGAGUACACGGGGCUGCGUUGUCUCUGGCUGGAGUGCAAUGGAAUACAGAAAAUCGAGAACCUGGAGGCCCAGAGGGAACUGCGCUGCCUCUUCCUGCAAGUGAACUUGCUUCACAAAAUCGAGAACCUGGACCCUCUGCAGAAACUGGACGCUCUGAACCUCAGCAACAAUUACAUCAAGACCAUCGAAAACCUCUCCUGUCUGCCAGUCCUGAACACGCUCCAGAUGGCCCACAAUCACUUAGAGACGGUGGAAGACAUUCAGCAUCUGAAGGAGUGUUUGAAACUCUGCGUCCUUGACCUUUCCCACAAUAAGCUGAGCGAUCCCGAGAUCCUGAGCAUUCUGGAGAGCAUGCCCAAUUUGCGAGUACUGAAUUUGAUGGGAAACCCAGUUAUUAGGCAGAUUCCUAACUAUCGAAGGACAGUCACUGUUCGACUGAAACACCUAACAUACCUGGACGAUAGACCAGUCUUCCCAAAGGACAGAGCUUGUGCAGAGGCCUGGGCUAGGGGAGGGUACGCAGCUGAGAAAGAAGAGAGACAGCAGUGGGAGAGCAGAGAGCAGAAGAAGAUCAGAGACAGCAUCGAAGCCUUAGCGAUGCUCAAGCAGCAGGCUGAGGAGAGAAGACGACAGAAAGCAAGCCAAGAGAAAGGGGAAUUGCCACCUGACAACGUGGAGAACGUGGAUGCUGGUAAGGAGGGGAAGGAAGAGCCUGGCGAGGAUGGAGAGAGGCGGCAGAAAAUGGAGCUGUUUGUCAAGGAAAGCUUCGAGGCCAAGGAUGAACUCUUCCCGGAAGAGUCGAGUCUCCUGGAGGAGCUGCCUGCGGAUGUCAAGGGAGAGACUGAAGGCCCAGAGCCAGGAGGGGCACCCCCAGCUGAGGCCCCUACGCCGGCAGCCGUUGGAGCUGCCUGGGAAGAAUCGAUGCCCCAGAUCGUGGCCCCUGCGGGCGCCUCAGAUACAGAACUCAAUGGAGCUGAAGACGUGGGGACCCUCAGCCUGGAGACGGAGGUGCAGCACUUCAUCGACGAUCUGCCUGACUUGGAAGAUGUUGAUACCGGCGAACCUUUGGAAGACCCAGACAAGAAGAUGUGCUUUCCAAAGAUUACAGCCAUCUCGGGCUUGAGUGAUGACAGUGACUCUGAGCUGGACUGCACCUCCCUCCCACUGCUGGAAGACGCGUCCACGGACACCCUGUCAAACAUAUUCUCCAUCUCCAAGGACACCUCCAGGAAGACUGAGCUGCCCUUUCUGGACAUAGUCAAAGCAGCAGCAGAGGGGGACUUGGGGAUGCAACGCGGAGACACCAAGUCCUCACACCCACUGGUCCAGGAGCUUGACGACCACGGGCCUUCAGAGCCACCACCGAUGCCCACGACCUGCCAAAGGGACACAUCACCCCCUUGCACCGAGGACGGGGACAGUGACCUACUUUCAGCCUCUCCUCCAGGAAACGGCACUGAAAAGGAUGAAGCGCAGCCUGAGACGGAGCCCAAGGAGCUGGCAGAGCCCAAGGAGCUGGCAGAGCCCGAGGAGCUGGCGGAGCCCGGGGCGGGAGCAGACCGGGAGGACAUUGAAUUUAGCUUGGACUGAACCUCAAGGGAGUCCCCACCCUUGCACUAAUGGACAGGGAGCCGGCGGCUGGGCCAAGGCCUGACCCCCGACCCCUGCGUGCAGGUCACCCCCUGGCUGGGCUCCCUUUCCUUCCAAAGAGCGGCAGCUCCUGCGAGCGCUCGGCGCCUCGGCUGUGACACGUGCCCAAGUCGCACGGCUCACUUUCCUGCUCUGGCAGCCUCUGCUAGUGUGGGACAGCGCUGUGUUCCUGAUUCUCCAAGCAUAACCGACUCCCCCGGUUGUCUGCUAUAAAUUGUAUGCUGCACUGUCUCAUUUGAAAAUU